AUGCUGACUUCCCCCUCCCUGGGCAGCUCAGCAGCGCCCAGCCGGGAGCGAAGGCAGGAGCGAGGCCGCUCACAGGAGCGCAGGCAGCAUUCCUCCUCAUCCUCAGAGAAGCAGCGCUUCUACUCCUGCGACCGCUUUGGCAGCCGUGAGCCUGCACCACCCAGGCCCCCGCUUGGCAGCCAACCCACAUCACCCACCGCCGCACCGGAGCCAGGGCCUCACAGACAGGGUAGUGGUUCAGUUAAUGGGAGCCCCUUGCUGUCAACAUCUGGUGCUAGCACCCCAGGCCGAGGUGGGCGGAGGCAGCUCCCCCAGACCCCCCUGACCCCCCGACCCAGCAUCACCUACAAGACUGCCAACUCCUCACCCAUUCACUUCGCCGGGGUCCAGACCAGCCUCCCUGCCUUCUCCCCUGGCCGGCUCAGCCGAGGCCUCUCCGAGCACAACACACUGCUCCAGAGAGACCCCCUCAGCCAGCCACUGGCACCCAGCUCUCGAAUUGGCUCCGACCCAUAUCUGGGGCAGCGCCUGGACAGCGAGGCCUCCCGGCCCCCGCCGGAAGACACGCUCACCUUCGAGGAGGCCGCGGCCACCAACUCGGGCCGCUCCUCCAGGACUUCCUACGUGUCCUCGAUGACCUCCCAGCCACAUCCCCUCCGCCGUGUGCCCAAUGGCUACCACUGCACGCUGGGGCUCAGCGUGGGCCCCACACCAGGCGGCCGGGCACGGCACAGCUACCACCACCCCGACCAAGACGACUGGUGCUAG